GCAGAUAGAACCAAACCAUUCAUGAUGAUGGCUCAACUACACAUGAUGAUUCUCAAGGAGCCCAUGAUGAGUAGUCCUCCCAGUUUCAAAGUGCACAAGGAAAGUUUUGUGACUGCUUAUCGCACGAAAGUAGCUCGGAAUGCAAACCUGGAAAAGCUACGAACUAAUUAUCUAUUUCCUGAGAUAUGUGAACGGGAGCUUCAACACAUAAACAAGUAUCCAAAUGCGAAGGUUAUAAGGCUUGGGGUUGGAGACACAACAGAGCCCAUACCUUCACCUGUAACUUUAAGCAUGGCUACUUAUGCUCUUGGGCUUUCCACUCCUGAGGGGUAUAGAGGAUAUGGGCUUGAACAGGGAAACAAGGAAUUAAGAAAAGCACUUGCAGAAACAUUUUACAAAGACAUGGGAAUAAAAGAUACAGAGGUAUUUGUAUCAGAUGGUGCACAAGCUGACAUUACUAGAAUUCAGCUGCUUCUGGGAUCCGAUGUGUCUGUUGCUGUCCAGGACCCGUCUUUUCCAGCUUAUAUUGAUUCGAGUGUAAUCCUGGGCCAGAGUGGUGAUCUCGAGGGCAAUUCAGGGCGGUAUCAGAAUCUUGAAUACAUGAAAUGCGACUCUCAGAAUAACUUCUUCCCUGAUCUGUCAAAAACACCGAGAACAGAUGUUAUCUUCUUCUGCUCCCCGAACAACCCCACAGGCCAUGCGGCCACGAGGGAGCAGUUGCAGCAACUAGUGGACUUUGCCCGAGAAAAUGGAUCAAUCAUUGUUUAUGAUGCUGCCUAUGCUGCUUACAUUUCAGACUCGAGUCCCAAAUCAAUAUACGAAAUUCCCGGUGCCAGAAAGGUUGCCAUAGAAGUUUCCUCGUUCUCCAAGUUUGCGGGCUUCACUGGUGUCCGUCUUGGCUGGAGCGUUGUGCCUGAUGAGCUCACCUACGCUGAUGGCUCUCCCGUUAUAAACGAUUUCAAUCGUAUUGUCUGCACCUGCUUCAAUGGCGCUUCCAGUGUAGUUCAGGCUGGCGGGCUAACCUGUCUAAGCACAGAGGGAUUCAAGAAAGUGAAAUCAGUGGUCGACUACUACAAGGAGAAUGCAAAUAUUCUGGUCGAGACUUUCACUUCAUUAGGAUUGAAUGUCUGUGGUGGUAGAAAUGCGCCCUACGUUUGGGUACAUUUUCCGGGUUCAAGGUCAUGGGAUGUGUUCAACGAGAUUCUUGAAAAGACACACAUACUUACAGUUCCUGGAACAGGUUUUGGCCCCGGUGGAGAAGAGUACAUAAGAGUUUCUGCUUUUGGACACAGACAGAACAUCAUCGAAGCAUCAAAAAGGCUCGAGGGCCUUCUAUCAUGAUCAGCAAUUCAGCAAUCAUUCUAUCAAAGAUCUCAGAUUUAUUUUGUUCACUAUCAUAUUAAACUAAAGAAUAAAAGUGUAUCAUGACUAAUAGAAUAAACUUUUAGUCGUAACAGAACACAAACUUCAACAACUCUCCCAACUCUACCUAGUUAGUAGUCCAAACCCCUUCAUAGACUUAAACACGAGGAACAAACUUUUCAUGUAUGUAUCAUCAUUUCGACGCCAACAACAAAUGUCACCUUACAAGCCAUUUAGAGAAAGAUGGAAAUGUAAAGACAGAUAAAUAAGCUGUUCAGUAUAUUUUAUAUAUAGAGGAUAAGUAUUUGGGCUGCU